AUGGCGACGGGGAAGACUCCCAGGAAGCCUCGCAAGCCGCAGGUUGAAGAGCCGAUUCAGAUGCCUGUGUACUAUGGACUCACAAAAGAGUUUCUCAGCGUGGAAGGCAAUGAUUUAGUUGAAGAUUGCUCAGACCUCUUUGUAGAGAAUAAGUGUGCGCAUGUCAUCGAUCUUGAUAUCAAGGGAUUCUUCAAACAGCACAAAAGGGACCUCACUGACGACGAGUCCUCCGAACCAGACUGUUCUUUGGAGUACUACCCGUGGGACAUACAUUAUUUUAGGACUGACAAAUGCUGGAGUUCCUUUGCCAAUAAAUUGAAGAGAAAAAGGAAUGUGACGCAGAAGUUCAUGUUGUAUGUGCAAUCUUCUGAGAUCAAGCACUACCACAUUUUGCUCAAAGCUGUAAAUGCCGAUUAUUCUCAACUGGCGACGGUUGUUUUGCCCGGCACGAAAAGCCUGACGGGUCGCUUCAGCUUUGGUGCCCUUGUGGAAGACCCAACAAUGACAGCUGAGGAAAUUGCAGAUUAUCUCACGCGUCACUAUGGUGAGCAGAUUAGUCCUGUUGAGGCGUGGAGAGCAAAACAGUUUGCUCUGGAGAGUAAAUUUGGAACCUUUUAUGAUUCACACAACUUUGCCCCGAGGUUACUCAAGGAAAUAGCACGUAAAAACCCUGGUACUUUUGUUGACAUCAAGGAUGCGGUGGUUGCAGGGUGUAAAGAUUUUCGAGUCCUCCAGCGUAUGUUUUGGGCAUUUGGACCGUGCUUACAGGCCUUCUGUACCUGUCGCCCUGUGCUAUGCAUCAAGGGCACACCACUAUGCGGGAAAUAUCAAGGGAUGCUGUUGACUGCUGUAGCAUCAGAUGCUAAUGAUUUCUCCAUUCCAGUAGCAUGUGCUGUUGUCGAGAAUGAGACCAAGGAAAGCUGGCUGUGGUUUCUUAGGAAUUUGGAGCGAGCAGUGGUGCAUCAGUCUGAUGUGUGCAUUCAUACACGACUACAAAAAGGAGUUGAUUGA